GUCACCACAAAACAGAUCAAGGAAAAACACGUUUCUGGCACAGGUUUUGACACUAUUUGACGUGUUAUCCAGUGAGCAACAUAUUGUCAGUGUAAACGGAUCUGUUUUGAGCGUUUGUAACAAUAAUAAUAAUAAUAAUAUUUCCAGUCAGGGUGUUCUAAUUCAAGCUGACAAAUCAUUAACAGCCUGAAACAUGCAAAACUACGCAGAAGCCAUCAAGGACUUUGUAGAGACUCAUGCGACAGGUCUCACUGUUGCCUUUGUUGCAGGUGCAGGCUUGCUGGCCUUGCGUAGGUGGAUGGCCGGGGGAGUGUGCCGGAGCAAGGUCAGGCUGGAUGGGAAAACUGUCCUUAUCACAGGAGCCAACACUGGCAUUGGGAAGGAGACGGCCCUGGAUAUGGCCCAGCGAGGGGCUAGAGUGAUCCUAGCUUGCAGGGACAUGACAAGAGCUCGCAUUGCAGCUGAUGAGAUCAGACAGAAGAGUGGGAACGGCAACGUGGUGGUGAAGAAACUGAACCUUGCUUCGCUGCAGUCUGUCAGAGACCUGGCCAAAGACAUCCAGGAGAACGAGCAACGCUUAGACAUCCUCAUCAACAACGCAGGGAUCAUGAUGUGUCCUAAGUGGAAGACCGAAGAUGGCUUUGAAAUGCAGUUUGGCGUCAACCACCUGGGACAUUUUCUCCUCACCAACUGUCUCCUUGACCUGCUGAAGAAGUCGGCUCCAAGUCGCAUUGUCAUCGUCUCCAGCCUGGCACACGAGAAAGGUCAUAUACACUUUGAUGACAUCAACCUGGACAAAGACUACAAACGUGAGAAGAGCUACCGCCAAAGCAAGCUGGCCAAUGUGCUCUUCUGCAGAGAACUGGCUGCAAGACUGCAAGGCACUGGUGUGACAGUGUACAGUCUUCACCCUGGGGUCAUCCGCACAGAGUUAGGCCGCCACUUGUUCCCUACCUUAGCCCUGUGGAAGAGGGCCCUACUCAUGCCGUUUAUGAUGCUGAUCAAAAGUCCCUGGGAAGGAGCCCAGACCACCAUCUACUGCGCUGUGGACGAGAGCCUGGCAAAUGUCAGCGGCCUCUACUACAGUGACUGUGCCCCCAAAACGGCGGCACCGCAGGCCCUGGAUGACGCCGCAGCCAAGAAGCUGUGGGACCUCAGUGCCUCCAUGGUCGGUCUGGCCUGAACACAUCAGCCUGCCCUGGAGUCAGUGGCCCUGUUUACGUGGGUGAAUAAUGCACGGAAAUUCAUUAAUCAAGUUUUUUUUUUUUUUACCUCUUCAAAUCUUUUACACCUAAAAGAUUUGAUGAUGAGUACAAACAAAAAUUUGCACUAUUUAACCUCAGACUCAGUUGAUUGAAUAUUAAAAGUAAGUGCACUGCUUUAUCUUUCUAUUACAGUAUGUAUAUUCUGCAUACUUUAUAAUUUGUGCUUUCUUAUCGUAUCCAUGGUGUGCUCCUAUAUUCUUACAUUAUACUUGCUUUUUUAAAAUCUACCAUCUUGGCUGGUUGUUUACAUUUUAAUAAGCAAUUUCCAUUACACAUAUAACUUCAAACAUGUUUUGGUUUGGAUUGCUAAAAUGCGUGUGGGCCAGACAGCCUCUCAUUUUUUUCAUGAUACAUUUGGUGCUGCAAAUUCCAAGAGACUUUUAAGGCUUCAAAGUGCUGUGUUUAUUCAUGGUGUCUAACAACAAUUACAAACAUACAGCAAGAUGAUUGUACAAUUUCUGUAUCAACCUCACUGCAGAAAUAGACUCAUAAAAGCAUGUAAAGCAAUACUACAAUUUCCUAAAUGCUACAAGGAAAGGAGGAUGAGAGCCUAUUUGUGCUCAGGUUGAAGAGGCAAACAUUGCUGAAGUAGUCCUGAGGUGUUGUGUAAAGGCUGGGGAAGUGACCUUAGGUGCUGGCAGAGGUGAGAAGAUUGUUGCACUUCAGAGGAGAGAGGAUCCUCCACCAGGUGUAGAGAGGGAGUGGACGCCUCGGGGGCAGAGAGCAGUUAGGAAGCACCCAGUAGAUCCAGUAGACUCGUCAUGUUACUGAGUGCCCUCCUUUGUGUGUGAGUGUGUGUAUUAUUUUUAUUUUUAUUUUUUUACACAGCACAUGCAGUUUGUUGUAUCAUGACGAGGUAUUUCUGGUGUUUUGUCACUUUUGAGGUGAGAUUUAAAUUGUGUGCCAAUGUUGACAAAGUGUACAACUGGGAGGCAACAGGAAUGUAACACUUUUAGCAAUAAAUGUCUGAUUAAAAGUGA